AUGCCGACCAGCCACGAAAACAAUCUUAGCGAGACGCCUCAUCUGCCAUGUAACUGUAGUGAUAUAAAGUGUAAGCCUGUAGGUACUACAUACUGGUACUACUACCUACGACGCAGUGCCGUCAAGAGUCGCGAUAAAGGAAGCAGCGACAUUGCCCAAGGGAAAGCCCCAGGAAUGUCUGUGACGAUGGAAAUCCGCACGGGCUACCGCGCUGCCCUCCUACUUGCUCGUUCCGGGGCGCCCUCCUCUGGUCUGGUCGUAGCCACUGCGCAGAGACCAGCCCGUCCAACGAGGCCGCUUCCUUAUCCGGAUAAGCCUCAGGCACCCUCUCUCCAGCAGCCCUAG